UUCGUCCAAUUCCAAUGUGCUCGUGUUAGAAAAUCUCAAACCUUUCUCAUCCAUCCAUGGCGACCGCCAUUGAGACGACCAACUCAAAAGAUAAACAACCGCAAUCGAUCUUUGACGCGACGGCUGAGUUCUUCGAGUCAUGUCGGCUUCUGAAUCCUUCGGCGACUCGUUUGACGUAUUCUGGGUUCGGAGCCGCGGCUUUGUCGGCUCCCAAGCCGGAGAAGAGGGAUGAAGCGGAGGAGAAAAGCUCAAAGGACGACGCCGUUUUCCAUAGAUGGACCUGUAACACUUGUAAAACCGAGUUCGAAUCUCUUCAGGACCAACGCUCCCACUUCAAAUCCGAUAUUCACCGGCUUAAUAUCAAGCUAAGUGUUGCUGGAAAGGCGAUCCUGAAAGAAGAAGAUGUUGAUGAGCUGACGUCUGAGUCGGUCCAAGACUUCGAUGUGUCAAGUAUAUCAGGGUCAGAGAAUGAAGCUGAUUCAGGAUCCUUGUCCAUUGGUGAUACACAAAAGGGUUUGUACAGGAAGAAGCUAUACAUUUGUCUUCAAACAGGCGAGAGUAUUUCCAUUUGGAAAAGCUUAAUCAUGGAAGAGGCUGAAAGCGUUUCGCAUGAUGAUGAUGGUGGGCCGUUGGGCGAGGGUGAAGUGAUUGAAAGGUUGAGACAAUUGUCUCGGGAGACUAGGGGCAGUAAGCAUUUGCGAAUCGUUUUGCUUGUUAGUGGUGGGCACUUUGCUGGUAGCGUCUUCGAUGGAAAAACUGUUGUGGCUCACAAGACGUUCCACAGAUAUGUUGUUAGGGCGAAGGCUGGUAAAAAACAAUCAACAAAAGAUGGAAGUGGGGGUAGUAUACAUUCUGCGGGAGCCUCAUUGCGUCGUUACAAUGAACUUGCUUUAAAGAAGGACAUUCAAGAACUACUUGCUAGCUGGAAGCCUUAUUUUGAUAGUUCCUGUUGUGUUUUUGUCCAUGCUCCUUCAAGUAGUCGGCAGUUGCUUUUCAGUGGAAGCAAACAUUGCUUUAGCAUCCAGAGCUGCGCUAUCCGAAAUGUUCCAUUUACAGUCCGGCGGCCCACCUUCAAGGAAUCCCAGCGUAUAUAUAACCAGUUGACUCAAAUUUCCUAUGAAGGCAAAGAGAUUUGUAUCACUCCACCUGAAGAGACCAUUGGCAGUGGAGUUCCACAGAUCCACGAAAAGGAUUCUGGUGAAAACAUAAAACAGGAGGAUUGUAACAAUGAAGCUUCGUCCAGUAACAAAAUCACAGAGGAACCAAAUAUUUCAGAUGAGAGCAGUGGAGAAGGAGUAACUGGUAAACCAACGCCAUUGCAUGAAGCGGCUAAAUCCGGAGACUGCGAUAGAGUUUUGGAGCUACUUGAGCAGGGUAUGGAUCCUUGUGCGAAAGAUGAAAGAGGUAGAACGGCUUACAUGCUGGCAAACGAAAAGGAAUUGAGAAACACUUUCAGGCGGUUCAUGGCCUCGAACCUUGACAAGUGGGAUUGGCAUGCUGCUAAAGUACCGAGCGCACUCACAAAAGAGAUGGAGGAAUCUCAAGCUGCCAAGCAGGCAGAGAAAGAUGCAAAGAGGAAAGCGAGGGCAAAAGAAUUGAAGAAACUCCGCAAAGCCCGAGAAAAGAAGGCUCAGGCUGAGGCUGCACAAUCCCAGAAGGAUUCAAAGGAGAAACAAACUAAAAUUUCUAAAGAGGAGGCAAUGAAGAGAGCAAAGGAGGAGGAGAGGGAGAAGAGGGCAGAAGCGGCAGAAAGAAGGAUGGCGGCUCUCAACAACAACAACAACAACACAAUGAAAGGAGAAACAGUGUGUUCAUGUUGUCAGGUGUCUUUGGAAGGGAAAGUGCCUUUUCACAGAUAUAACUACAAGUACUGCAGCUCCUCCUGCAUGCACAUUCACCCCGAUAUCCUCCAUGACCAACCCUAAACUCGGUUCGACGAGAUUUAGAUUCGGUUAUUUCGAUUUUAAAACAAUUAUAACCAUUUGGUUUCUAUAUCCAAUUGGGUUCGGUUCUAUUUUAUUUCAGUUCGUUUUGAGUUUUUUUAAUAAAAAAUACUCACUUUUUAAAGAUUUUUUUGGUUA